UCAAUUUUUUAAAUUGUUUAUUUUUAUUUUAUUCUAACAUCAUCGUUUUUGAUUUAUUUUAAAUCAAAACAAAAUGGCCAAAAGUAUUCGUAGUAAACAGAAACGAAAAAUGCGUGCCAUUAAACGUGUUCGAUAUGGACAAAAAGAAUUGAAACGUUUGGUUGAAAUGGUAAAGAAAUCCGAACAGAAUGAAAAACAAGCACAAGAAGAAAUGCAAGCGAUUGCUGUAAAAAAAUUCCAAAUAGAUGUGGACGAAAACCCGAACCAAAAUUCUGAUUACAUUUCAAUGGAAACUGAUCAAAAUGAACGUGAUAAGAAAACUUUGCUAAACAAAUUCGGACAAUAUCCUGACUGGAUGAAUGGACGUCGAUUAAAGCGACAAAAAACGUUGGUGAAAAAAUUGAAGAAAAAAAGAUCCAAAGUUUAGAUUUUUAUUUUUGUAAUAUAAUCUUAUGAUUUAUACGAACAAUAAAAAAUAAUAAUAAAACAUUCUUGAAUUCUAA